GAACUCGUCCUCCCCCUUUUCCUCCUCCCCCGUCCCACCCUCAGGAAGAGAGAGGACAGAUCAUGGAAGGAGUUUGUGGACCUCAUGCGCGGCAAUCCGAGCCCUGAGGUUGCGGCCUAUCAUGAGGAACAGCAGCAGUAUAUGUUCCAGAGAUACUUAUCUCUCGUGGCCCCUUUGCUACGCGCCAUCGUGGCCGAGGACAACGCCGACAAGUUCUUGGAUCUCCACGCCGGCCGGUCGCAAUUCAUGGGCCCCGGCCGCUUGCUUUACCCGGAGAUCCUCUGCACCAUGGUCUCCUCCAACGCCCUGCGCUGCGCCAAGGUGGCGCUCGAGGGCGGUGUUCCGCUGGCCUACUGCCGCGCCGACCCCAACGCCCGCCACAGCUACGGCUUCACGCCUCUCCACAUGGCCGCCGAGACCUUCAGCGUCCCAAUGCUCAACCUCCUCUUCCGCUACGGCGCGUCUGCCAAUAUCCCCACCAAGGGCGACCUCGUCAUCGAGAACCUCCUCCCCCUCAACGUCGCCGUCGAGAAUGCCAGCAUGCAUAAGUACCUUGAAGACCAUUGGGACCACGGACACCCUGUCCAAAACCUCAUCUUUCUCCUCGCUCUGCCUGAGAUGAAGAUGUUUUUGGACACGGUUAGAUUAAUUGCCAAACACACAGAUAACAUCAUUGAUGUGGUGUCAAAAUACAUUGACGACCAGAAGCUUGUUGAGGCGGCAAUUUUGCUCCUGGCCUCUCAGAAGCAGCUCCGUGACAGCCCUAAUAAGAGCACUGCCGAGGUUUCUCAGCAGAACGGGCUUGACGUUGCUAAAAUCCACGUUGGUGAACGUCUUGACACCGUACAUUGUGAGGUGUUAGCUAUGGUUAAAGAGGGCAAAAAUGGCAAGGCGCUUAAGAUGCUGAAAGACGAGAGGGAAAAAUUGCUUGAUGCACAUGCAUUAUGUACUAGUGUGAAAAAGGCUGCAGGUGAAGCCCUUCUUACAGCACAUGAGGUUUCUCUUAAUGGAUUCGAUAUUGUUAAAGGCCGCAUCGAUGUGGCUCUUGAUGCCCUACAUCAUGAGGAGUUAGCUAUGGUUAAAGAGGGGAAAAAUGGCAAGGUGCUUAAGACGCUGAAAGCCAGAAAGGAAGUCCUACUUACAGCACAUGCGCUAGUUGGUACUGUUCGCAAAGCUGGUGAAGCUCUUGAGAGAUACAUUCAGACUCGUCCUCGGGUGCCCCAUGCGGAGAUCGUUGAACAUGUUUCGUCAAUUCUGAACAGCAAUGGCGUUGUUCAUUUUGGGAAAGGCAUUGACACUGGAAACCUCGAAUGCUAUCAGCAUUAUGGGCAAAUGUUGAAUACUAAGCCAGGUUCACAAAGAGUGGAUGGGAGAACUAAUGAAGCUGACAAGUCAUCUCCUCUGAAAAAUGAAGGUGUGAAAGGAUCCUGGCAAAGCAACCACUUAGAUUGGCGACAAAAACAUGCGAGAAAU